UUUUCUUUCGAAAUCUUACUUUCUGCUUUUGUUUUGUAGCAAAAAAUUUUACGCUUCAGGGUACAAGAACCCACGCCGAACAAAAAUACAAUUGAUCAAAGAGAGAUGUCGUGCACUGUCGUAUCCCUCGGCUUGCGAAUCUGGCCAGAACUGGACAUGCAAGAAGGUCAACGGUCAAUGGCGGCUUCGGAAAUGUCGACGCGGCACUUCUCCGAAACGGCCCCGAAGUUUGAGUCCAAGAAACUAUGGUAUGACGACGAAACGGUGCAGGUGUCCCAAGAAAGAAAGAGGUUUGAUUGCCAUUAUCAACACAUGUUUAAUACUUAAAGAUUCUGUAAAGUCCAUUCUGCGCAUCAGUUCUGCUCAUAACAAAGGGGGAACCCCGCAGAUAUAAACAUUACCCAAAUUUUGCAUCUUUCGAACUUAACUCCAGGUUAACCGAAAAGUAAAAGCAAACUUCCUGACUGUUUUUUCUAUAAAUUUCGAAAUAUUUCUUCAGAGAUCUUGGAACGAUAGGAGUUUUCAUCUCUGUCUGAAGUUUUGAAAUAAACAGACGUGCAGAAAUACACAAACUAAAACAGCAGGUUAAAUUUUAACCCAUGUUAGCGCUAACCCACCUUUGAACAACCGGUCCCAGAUCUUUAUAAGAAAAACUAUAGUUUCAUAUUAAUCUGACACUGCAGUCGAGCAACGAAAAAUUCGUUGGCUCGAGCUGGAUUUGAACUCGUAUCUCUGAGGAUGGUUCUGAAAUAGAAUUGAAACACUGCGCGUCCUCUAAGACAAGCGUUAAGUCGUCACGAAAAUAUUUCGUGCACUUAAAUUGGAUAAGACUCGCUACCAAUCCCUGUUGACUCGAUAGCUCAAUAGGUAGAGCGGCGGUUUAGAUACCCGAAGAUGCGAGUUCAAAUCCCGCUCGAGCCAACGAAUUUUUCGUUGCUCGAUUGCAGUGUCAGAUUAAUAUGAAACUAGUUUUUCGUAUCUCUGAGGAUGGUUCUGACAGAGAAAUAAGAAGAUGACGUAAUAAUACGAGGCGCUAUAUUUUAAUACAAACAAAUAAAAAACAAUUAAUGGACAACUUGCAUGUUAGACAAAUUUUUGAUCUAACCGAUCUAGGCAAAAAAAAAGUAAAUUCCCGUUAAGAACUUAUUAAAAUUAGUAAACGUGCAAAAAAAUUUGGUUGCGAAAUGUUGUAAAGCUUGGAAAAUAUAGCCUUGCAAAGUUUGCAUAUUUUCAGUAUAUUUGGAUUACGUGCGGAAAUUGUUACCAUUUUCGGCUAAAAAAUGGUAACAAUUUCGGCUCGUAAUACAAAUAUACUGAAAAUAUGCAAACUUUGCAAGGCUAUAUUUUCUGUAUUUUACAACAUUUCACAACCAAAUUUUGCACUUUUACUAAUUUCAGUAUGUUCUUUUUAGCUGUGGUGUUUGAUUCCCUUUUCUAUGCUUAGAUUAAAAUUUAGUCUAACAUGCAAGUUGUCCAUUGCAAAUGAUGAUGUGUAAUCGUCAUUAGCUUAAUAAUUAUUUACCGUCGCCUUUCUUCACGACAGGAAGACGCUUCCGUCGUUUUGGAAAACGGGACGUGGAGGAGAAUCCCCGUAGAUCCUACCGCUGGUACAUGAAAUCUUCACUUCACCGCAAAGAAUCGAAAAAACUUGACAACUACGGGCGCCACCUUAAGAAGGAAUCAUCAGCCAAAUAUUACAAGAAAAUGUCAGCAAAGUCUUUCCAGGACCAGUGGAAGAGGCUCAACUCAAGAAUUCAAGCUUCGCAAAAACGACUUUCUGAACUUCGAUCAAAGAAGAAAUCCCUGACCACUAUGAUGUAUCGAGAAACCAGUAAACCUCAGGUAUACUGAUCUCAAUAUAAGCCUGGAUUAAGCUACUACGGUUGUUUGGUCAGUCAGUCAGCUUAUUUCAGAAUACUACUUGAAAUGGAGCCUUGCGUUUGAGACAUUUUCGUAUGUAGUUUAGACACAAACUAUGGCUGUUAAUUGUAGAAUACUACCUACACUGAAUCACCACGUUUGAGAUAUCUUUUUCAGGUAGUUCAGACACAAAUCACGACAGCUUAUUGUAGAAUACUAUCUACACUGGACCACCACGUUUAAGAUAUCUUUUUCAGGUAGUUCAGACACAAACCACGACAGCUUAUUGUAGAAUACUACCUACACUGGACCACCACGUUUGAGAUAUCUUUUUCAGGUAGUUCAGACACAAACCACGACAGCUUAUUGUAGAAUACUACCUACACUGGACCACCACGUUUGAGAUAUCUUUUUCAGGUAGUUUAGACACAAACCACGACAGCUUAUUGUAGAAUACUACCUACACUGGACCAUCACGUUUGAGAUAUCUUUUUCAGGUAGUUCAGACACAAACCACGGCAGCUUAUUGUGGAAUACUACCUACACUGGACCACCACGUUUGAGAUAUCUUUUCAGCUAGUUCAGAAGCAAACGUCAUUUUGUUUUAUUUCCUAGAAGAAAACGACAUGUCGUUGCGUCAAUGGAAAAGCGGUACAAUACGAGAAAGUGAAAAUUAAUCAAAAGAUUCCAAACAAGAAACUGAGUAAGAAAGAAAGAAAGCGAUUGUAUCGGAUAAAAAAGAAAGGGACUUGUAAGGUGCCUGCCGUGAAUUGCUUCUUACAUACAAACCAUCAUUGGAAGACUGAGCCGUUAUGGAAAAGUAGGUUUAAAUAUUUUCUUAGCACAAUCUAAUCUAAUCCGAAAUUAAACAUUGUUUCCUA